AUUUAAUCAUUAUGAUACAUCAAACACAUUUUACAUUUAAUGAUUCAAGCUCAAACAAUAAUGUAGCUUUAUCUCAACAUUAUUCUGAUGAAGAUUGUUCCGAUCAAGAGUCAUCAAGACCAUCAAGACCACCAGAAAAAAAAAUGAAAACAUGCUGGAGGAAAAAAAGAAGAUCCUAUAUGGGAUUAUGUUAA